AAGAACAGUCACAACCACAACCUCCUCCUAAUAAUUUACCUCUCAGAAAAGAGAUGAAUCGCACAGGCGCCAACCAGUCCUAUUACGUGCUGGGUCAUAAGACCCCUAACAUCCGCGAUCUCUAUACCCUGGGUCGUAAACUAGGACAAGGCCAGUUUGGCACCACUUACUUAUGCACCGAGUUGUCAUCGGGGAUCGAGUACGCCUGUAAAUCUAUUGCCAAGAGAAAACUCAUCUCGAAGGAGGACGUUGAAGAUGUGAGGAGGGAAAUUCAGAUAAUGCACCAUUUGGCAGGUCACAAGAACAUCGUUUCUAUCAAGGGUGCUUAUGAGGAUCCUUUGUAUGUUCAUAUUGUCAUGGAGCUUUGUAGUGGCGGUGAAUUGUUUGAUCGCAUCAUUCAAAGAGGUCACUACACCGAGAAAAAUGCUGCCGAAUUGACUAAAAUCAUUGUAGGUGUUGUGGAGGCUUGCCAUUCCCUUGGAGUUAUGCAUAGAGAUCUCAAACCUGAGAAUUUCUUGUUGGUUAACAAGGAUGAUGAUUUCUCUCUCAAGGCCAUUGACUUUGGACUCUCUGUCUUCUUUAAGCCAGGCCAGAUUUUCACGGAUGUGGUCGGGAGUCCAUAUUAUGUUGCUCCUGAGGUGCUUUUGAAGCAUUAUGGUCCUGAAGCAGAUGUUUGGACAGCAGGGGUCAUACUCUACAUUCUGCUUAGUGGUGUUCCACCAUUUUGGGCCGAAACACAACAGGGGAUAUUUGAUGCAGUUCUGAAAGGGCACAUUGAUUUUGAGUCAGACCCUUGGCCCUUAAUAUCUGAGAGUGCAAAAGAUCUCAUCCGGAAGAUGUUAUGCAUGCGGCCUUCAGAGCGGCUAACUGCUCAUGAAGUAUUAUGUCAUCCUUGGAUUUGUGAAAAUGGUGUUGCUCCUGAUAGAGCACUUGAUCCUGCAGUACUUUCUCGCCUUAAACAUUUUUCUGCAAUGAACAAGUUAAAAAAGAUGGCUUUGCGGGUGAUCGCUGAAAGCUUGUCGGAGGAGGAGAUUGCCGGUCUAAAGGAGAUGUUUAAGGCCAUGGAUACUGAUAACAGUGGUGCAAUUACAUUUGAUGAACUAAAAGCUGGUUUGAGAAAAUAUGGCUCUACUCUUAAGGAUAUAGNAAAGGAUAUAGAGAUACGGGAACUUAUGGAUGCGGUAAGGAAACUUUUACUGCAAACUAAUUAUAUUUGUUUUGUGCAUCUUUGUCCAAUUGAUGAUGUGGCUGUACCCAAAGGUGGGCAGAAGCAUAAAAAUGUACAAUGACACAAGAUCAUGAAC